UGUAACGAUCAUUACAAUGUUGUUGUGAGCAUCAUAUCCUUUGAAUUCUUCGUUCAAGACAACAAAUGUGGCCUUUGUUAACCUCAAUGCCCAGGAAUAUGUCCAAGUAAAUUGUGGAGAUCCUCAUCAGAACAUAAUCUUCACUUUCAUUAUACUCUGUAUGUUAUUUAUUAUCCAUUACAAAAAGCAAACCAAUCGGUUUCUUUAUAUUCUUAGCAGUUCAGAUUAAUUAUCUCUUCGUACUAAACUUCAUGGGAAUUCUGUUGUCUUGAGAAUUUCGUAGAUUGCCAGAAAUGGGAGAAAUUGACACAAAACCUAUUGAAUCAGUUCAAGCAUCGAUUUCCCUGUUUGGUGACAAAAGUGGUCAGUUAAGAAGCCGGCCUGCCUGUUACAGUCAAAUAGAGAAGGAGAAUCUUGAACUCUUAUUGAAGCUAGAUCAGCAUGAAAAAACUGCAGAAGAACUUUUUAUCUUGCUGCAGAUCACUGAGUUUGAGAGAGAAAUAUACAUGAAUGCUUGCAGAGAGGCUAAAAUAGGAAUAUAUGAACUUGAAUCCAGGAUAAAGGAGAUGGAUGCACAAUUGUCCGAAACUGUAAAACUUAAAGACGAAAAUUUUCAUGUUUCUGUGGAGUUGAAUACUGUAAAAGAGGAGUUGCUCCAGAUGGAGGUAGAACUUGUUGAAGCCAAGAAUGCCAAGAUUGAGGCGAUGAAAGAAACUGAAGUCAUGGAGACUGCUUUAAACAUGGAAAAGGAAAGGGCUGAAGAGCUUUCGGGCCAGGUAGCAGAGCUCAAUGAAACAAUUCUUCAUUUACAAUUUGCUGUUUUGGAGGCAAAGAAAGAAAAAGAUCUAGUUUCUUCUGAAAACCAGGCUGCGUUGAUGGAAGCCACUAAAUCAGUAGAGGAAAUUCGAGAAGAGAUGGAAUCAACAAGAAAUCAAUUGAAGAAUUUGGAGGGUGAGGUUUCAGACAAGUCUUCACUAAUUGAGUCUCUGCAGCUGGAACUUGAACAAGCAAAUAAGGAUCGGAAUUCUGCUGAGAGGGCUACUUCUGAUGCAGUUAAUGACAUAGGCCAGUUAAUAUCCGAUAUGGAGCUGCUUAUGACUGCAAACUCAAAGAAAGAUGGUCAGAUUAUGGCACAAGAAAUGGAGCUAAGUCAGUCAAGGGUAGAACUUAAGAUUGCAAUGAAAGAGCAGGAGCUGCUUAAAUGUGAUUUAGAGACGAUACAGAGCAAGAAUGAGAAGCUAACAAGUGAAAUGAAUGAAAUUUGUGAGAAAGAAAGUGCAGCACAGAUUGAGAUUGCAUUGCUGAAAUCCGAGCUUCAUAGAGGUAGAUCAAAGGCAGCUGCUGCUGAUGCUUCAGAAGAAAGAGCCAAGCGCGAAAAGUUGGCACUAGAGCUUUGUAUUCAGCAAUUAGCACUACAAGCCCAAGAAGCCAAGAACGCGCUCCAAACAAUGACAGAUUUAGUACAGAAAGACGACGAAGAAAUGAAAUAUUCAAAAGUUAUAGGCACUGAUGAGGCCUUAACACAAGAACAAACAAAUGCAUGCAUCUCAAUAUCUGCUGAAGACUACAAGGCUUUGCUGACAAAGGCUGAUGAAGUUGAAGAAACGCGCAAUGAGAAUGAUGCAUUGAAAAGAGAAAUGGAGAUGACAGCAGGGAAAAUCGGGGAGUUGAGGACACGAGCAGAACAAGCAGUGUGGAGAGCAGAGGUGGCCGAGAAAGCGAAAGCAUUGCUUGAGGAAGAGAGAAAGAAGUGGAGAGUAAAAGAGGAGAAGCGAAAGGUUGCGUUGGAAGCACUGAGACAAGAGUCCAUUUCCUUGCAGAAGAGUUUUAAGAAACAUCCUGAGCCUCCCAAAACAUAUCAGCCACUAGGAAAAAUUCUCAAGAUGAAAUUCUAGUACUACCCGAAUACACUGAAAUUUAAUAUUGGCGAAAACGGGAUUUCAUUGAGAGGGAGCUUCAUGUGUAGAAAAUUUACUUGUGUUCUUAUAAUUUUUUUUAUAUAAUAAUUCAUAGAAAUAUUGUUAAAGCUAUCACAAGAAGAUGACCAGGGAUGGAGCCACAAUCGGGAUAGUGGGGUACUUGUUCUCGUUAAACUUUAUAUAGAAUGUUUAGGUUUAGUUUGUUGAAAAUUAUAGAAAUGCAGAUUUGCCCCCGUGAUUGAGGCAUUUGUUCUCCAUGAAGAAGGCAAGGGUUAGUAGCUUUAAUAAACUCCCUCCCUCCUAUU